CCGCUCCAUAAAUAUCGGCGAUGUGGGAGACAAAGAUCACCACCUCAUCGCAUUCCAAUUCCAUUUCCAUUGCCGGCCGUUAAUUUUCCUUAGAGAAAAAGAAAAGAAGUAGCAAGCAAGAAGCAUUACCAUGUCGGGCAUCAUCCACAAGAUCGAGGAGACGCUCCACAUGGGCGGCGGCGGCGACAAGAAGAAGGAGGGGGAGCAGCACAAGAAGGCGGAGGAGCACAAGAAGGAGGGGGAGCACAAGGAGGGCAUGAUGGAGAAGAUCAAGGACAAAAUCACCGGCGAGCAGGGCGACAAGUCCGGCGAGCACAAGGACAAGUCCGGCGAGCACAAGGACAAGUCCGGCGAGCACAAGGACAAGGACAACAAGGAGAAGAAGGACAAGAAGAAGAAGAAGGACAAGAAGCACGGCGAGGGCCACGACGGCCACAGCAGCAGCAGCAGCGACAGCGACUGAUCGCCGCGGCCGGGCGCCGUGCUUGCAUGAACGAAGGUGAAACAGAUGUUUGGAGGACUAUGUACCAGAUGAUGAUGUAAUGUUUCACGAGUGUCAUGCCUGUGUGCUAAUCAAGGGGAAAAGAAUGAUAAAAACAAUAACAGAGAUGGCAUGGUUUGCCAUGUGAUGUACUACUUCUAAUGAUGGCAGCACGGUGCUAGCUUGUAAUAAAAUGUUAAUGCUGAAAUUGAUCUACUUGCGUCUUCGCCA